AUGGCCACAAACGCGUUGCCCGCCAGGGUCAAAACUAUCACUGAUUCCGAGGACGACGUCAUACCUGACGGGGAUCCAUCAAGCACCUCUGGCCUAUUGUUGGAACGCCUUCAAGCUUGGAAGCAUAUGUGUGGUUACCUUGAAAACUACAUCUCUGCUGUUGCCAAAGACCAAGCUGCCAGAGCCAAAGAUCAAGAGAAGGUUUUGAAGACACUAUCCAAUCCUCUUCGAGAAGGACACCACUUUGAUACCGCCCUAGGUGGCAUAACUGGACUCUUUGAGAACUUGCGCGCCAACACUCAAGCCCAGAGCAAUCUCUACACUGAGACAUCCAAGAAUCUGUCAGGAUCGGUCCUUCCUAUCCUCGAAAGGCUGCAUUCCGAGAUCAAGAACAAAAAUAAAGAAAUCACACACGGGGCAGGCAAAGGUUCCAAGGCCGUGGAUCAGGCACGCUUGACUUCGCAGAAGCAUAUUGAGCUAUUAGGACAACAGGCUGCUCAUUUUGAUUCGACGGGCGGUAAAGUCUCGGCCAGCCAUGAUCCUUAUGUGAUCAAGCGAGGUAUCCUGCAUCGUCUCAACAAGCAAGUACUGGAAGAAAACAACAACCGACAAGAUUUGAUUGCCGUGCAGAAUGCGUUUGCCCAAUUCGAGUCUCACAUUGUCACCACCGUUCAAACCGCAUUGAAUUCAUACAAUCAAUUUAUGAGCGGCCAAGCAGACCGUCAAAAGGCCAUGUUCGGUGAUAUUGCUUCCACCGCCAGUCACAUCCCAUUAAACUUUGAAUGGACCAGCUUUGUCAAACGCAAUCAGCAUGUUCUUGUCAACCCUCAUGCCUCACCAAGGACGAUGGACGGUGUGUCAUUCCCAAAUGACAAACAUCGUUCCACGAAGCCGUUGAUCGAAGGAUCUCUCGAGCGCAAGUCUCGCGGUGGCCUUGGUGCCAUCAAGGGCUAUAGCGUUGGAUACUACGCGGUCACCCCCGCGGGAUUUUUGCAUGAGUACAAAGACAAUGACAAUUUCCACAAGGACCCCCAACCCGAAAUCUCGUUGUAUCUUGCGGAUUGCGUCAUUGGCGCCGUGGAUGGUCAGAGAUUCACUAUCAAGGGUAAAGACUCAUCAGGCAGCAAGAUCGGACAGAAGAUGGCUAUUACUUCUGAUUUUCAAUUCAAAGCGCACACGAACGCGGAUGCUCAGCAAUGGCACUCCGUUAUCUCCAGUUUCGCCCUCUCUUCGAGUAGUCUACCCACCAGCCCAGUGGAAAGCCGCAACAUUACUCCGAUCACCACCAAAUUUGAGGAACAGACACAGGGCGUAACAAGCGGCUCGAAAAGUGCGACGUCGCCGCGUGAUGGACCACCACCAAGUGCGACGUCUCCCACUUCGGCUUCUGUGGGACCGUACCAUGGUGCUCCCGCUUCGAAUGCAUUGGAGGACAGGAAGUACGUGGAGAAGUCGUGA